GCCACAAUAAUGUGCUUAAUCGUAGAUAAUGAACGACAACGUUGUCAACAAUGAAGUUGGGGUUUUGUACCAACACUACCAUUGUUAGCUCCUUACCUUCUGCAAUUUCAGCCAUUAUUCCCCACUUCACUCCACUUCCCAAUCCGUCAUUCUCCGAGAAUUUCACCACCUCGGUACAUUUACGUUGUGCCGGAAGAAAGAAUUUAGUGCUACGUGUGCAGAAUCUGGGAUACAAGGGUGAGCAACAACCAGUUGAUUUGAUGGAUUCUGAAAAGGAAGUUGUGGAAUUAAACAGGAACCUUUAUCAAAAUAUCGAGCCAUAUUGUACCGGUUUUUUGAAGGUUUCAGACAUUCACACAAUCUAUUGGGAGCAGUCCGGAAACCCAAAUGGGCAUCCAGUCGUCUUUCUUCAUGGAGGCCCAGGAGGAGGCACUGCACCGAGUAAUCGAAGAUUCUUUGAUCCUGUUUUUUACCGGAUCAUUCUCUUUGAUCAGCGAGGUGCAGGGAAAAGUACACCCCAUGCGUGCUUGGUAGAAAACACAACAUGGGACCUCAUUGAUGAUAUUGAAAAGCUAAGGGAACACCUGGAAAUUCCAGAAUGGCAGGUGUUUGGAGGGUCAUGGGGAAGUACACUUGCUCUUGCAUACAGCCAAUCACACCCUGACAAGGUCACUGGCAUGGUCCUCAGAGGGAUCUUUCUUUUGCGAAAGAAAGAAAUAGAUUGGUUUUAUGAGGGUGGUGCUGCUGCCAUAUACCCUGAUGCUUGGGAGCCAUUUAGGGAUCUUAUACCCGAAAAGGAGAGGGGAAGCUUCAUUGAUGCCUACUAUAAGAGAUUAAACUCUUAUGAUAUGGAAACACAAUAUGCAGCUGCAAGAGCUUGGACGAAAUGGGAAAUGAUGACAGCCCAUCUUCUCCCUAAUGAAGAGAACAUCAAGAGAGGUGAUGAUGAUAAGUUUUCACUGGCAUUCGCAAGAAUUGAAAAUCAUUACUUUGUGAAGCGCGGAUUCUUUCCUACAGAUUCAUUCCUUUUAGAUAAUGUUGAUAAGAUAAGGCAUAUUAACACCACUAUUGUACAGGGGAGAUAUGAUGUUUGCUGUCCUAUGAUGUCAGCAUGGGAUCUUCAUAAAGCAUGGCCAGAGGCAGAUUUUAAGGUUGUUCCAAAUGCUGGGCAUUCCGCAAAUGAACCUGGAAUAGCUGCGGAACUUGUAGCUGCGAACGAGAUGCUGAAAAACAUUAUCAAGAAGAAUGUACUCUGAAAGACUAGCGCAUCGUGGAUAAGAAGAUGAGUAACAGGCUUCCUCUAAGACGGUCUUAGACAAUAAGCAGAAAAUAUGUGCACAUUUAUAAUGAAAAGGGAAAAGAAUGAUGAAUCCAAGAGACAUCGGGUAGCCAAUUAAGUGAAAAUUUAUAAAAAGUAAAAAUGAAAUGGUGAGAAGAGAGAUGGGAAAGGAUCACUUUGGAAAGGUUGUCGGAAGGUUUUAACA